AUGAGUGCAGAGUAAUGGUUAGUCUUACGCUUGGAUUUAUUGCCUAGCAUCGCACAGGAAGUAGAAUAGAUUUGCAUAAACUAUAUUCAUUUAUGUGACGAAGUCAGAAAAGGAAAUAAAUAAGCAUACCAAGAUUUAAUCGUGCUAUAGGCUAGAAUUCGAGGGAGGAUGGAUGAUUUUGAUAAGUUUUACGAUAGAAACUAUGCUGAUUAUCGUAUUGGUUAUUUUGAGAAAAUGAAAUUGAGAUUAAGAAAGCUCAUAAGUCCUCAUAUUGAUGUUAAUAGAUUAAUCUAUGAAGAAACCUAAAAUUAUAAUCAAUAGUACAUGAAUAAAUCCAAUUUAUAGAUCAUCUCCUAUCAAGAAUACCACACCUCCUCCUGUUAUGGAUAAUUAAUCAAAUGUUUAAAAAUGCAACCAAAAAGGAUUCAAUCACCUCCGAAUAAAAUGACUGCUUCCAGCAAUUACAACAGCACCAAUAAAUAGAAACAGGCAACUCCAAUCGCGUAAAACAAUAAAAAGGCGAGCAAGUAACCCUAAUAGGUGAAGUCAUCAUAAGCUAAGGCAAAGACAUAAUAGGAUGAAUUAGUUUUUACAAUUAAGAUGAGCAAGGAAGUAUUAUUCGAUGAUUAAUAAAAAUAGGAAUAUUUGUAAUAUAUACAAGCUAAAUAAAAAUAGAGAUGA